AAUUAUAACGUUUUUCUGUAGAUUAAUUUGUCUUGUUGUAAUAUUGGUUUUGUUUUUUGUCAUUUGCUUCAAUAAAAUAGAGAAUAGUGCCAAUCAGUUGCGAAGGAGCGAAGAAAACUCUGGGGGCGUGGAACUUGAAUCUACUAGUACCAGCCACGCGCGCUGACCGCAUAUACAUUUUAAGAAGUCCUAACAGAAGAGAGGAGUGUUUUUGCCAAUAAUGCACUAUAACGUUGGAUGCUGAUAAACCACACAGAAGAAGACGAGUGCGAGUUGUUAAUUGCUAGCUCUCGGUUGGGGAUAUAUCCAUGUUUUCAGCUGAUCUGCCGUAUGUGAAAGAGAGAGGAGCGGGGCAGACUUUCUAUGCAGAGGUCUGGUGUAGCCAACCCCCCCAUUAUCCGUGUCCAAGUCACCAUCUAAAUGCCGGGAUCUCUUGCAAGGUUCAUCAAAACUGCAAAUGACCUAUCACAAUUGACCUUUUGAGGAUGGUGCCCCAUAUGCUUGAAAUGCUACCCAGUUCAAUGUGCUGGGACAGAUAGAACUGGCACAACAUGGAUAACGCCUGUGAAAAUGCCAGAUCAAGAGAAUGGAGCUAUGGUGAUGGAUACAGCCGCCAUAAUAUGGCUCAGUGGGAAAGUGCUCCCCCUGCUGGUGAAAGACAGUACCUCACCCAACAGGAAAAGGAACGCCAGUGGCUGAACCAUGAGAAAGAAGCUGCCAUACGGGCCCACUCCAACUCCCAUAGACAAAACUCUCCAAUGGACUUCCGUGGACAUGGGGCACAAGAGACCCAGCCGCUGCCUCUGUAUCAUCAGGACCAUCACAGAAUGGCUCCGAGUCAGAACAUAAGGGAUUGGCCAAAUCUCUAUGGACCCUUGAGAGGCCAGGCAACCUCUAAUAUAACCUUACACCGCAGUGGAGAGAGAACAGAAACAUGGGCUAAGCAUGAACCCCACUUCCCCAGCUAUGAGUUUUUGCCCCAACUCAUUGUUGAAAGAGGGCAUGAGGAUAUAACCCAUCACCAUAAAGGUGACCGGGAUUAUAUGGUUAGUCGGAUAGUGAAUCAUAAUCUCCAUUACAUUGAAAGCAAAUGGCAGAUGUUAGAUCCCACCCAUUCUAAUGGACAUGCUAGAGGACAUUUUAAUGAACAUUCAAGGGGACAUUCUAAUUCCUAUUACAGGGUUCAUUCUACUGAAUGCUCAAAGGGAAGUUCUAGGGGUGACUCUAGUGGACGUUCUAGGGGUGACUCUAGUGGACGUUCUAGGGGUGACUCUAGUGGACGUUCUAGGGGUGACUCUAGUGGACGUUCUAGGGGUGACUCUAGUGGACGUUCUAGGGGUGACUCUAGUGAACGUUCUAGGGGUGACUCUAGUGGACGUUCUAGGGGUGACUCUAGUGGACGUUCUAGGGGUGACUCUAGUGGACGUUCUAGGGGUGACUCUAGUGGACGUUCUAGGGGUGGCUCUAGUGGACGUUCUAGGGGUGGCUCUAGUGGACGUUCUAGGGUCCGUUCCAGCAGGUAUCCCAGGCUGGACUUCCAGGAUAAGCAUGUCAACCCUUUUCAAACUAUGACCAACAGUUCUCCAGACAUUCAGAACGCCAACAUCACUCCAACUGUUCCUAUGGUCAACAACGAACACAGUGAAUCCACAUCAGUACAUACAACAGGUCCUGCGAGAGAUUCUACAUCACUUGUGCAGACCUUUACUAUGACUGCACAGCAGUGUGUUUUUACGGAUUUCCGUUCCACGGGAGGUACAGAAUCUGGUGUUGUUGACCUAAAAGCAGCCCAGGUAACAAAUGCAGACACCCAUGGUAUACUAGGACCUAGUGUUCCUUCUCAAGCCAUAACUCAACAAACAGAUCAUCUUCCUGGCAAUGCUGCUGUGGUUUCUCACAAACAGACCUCUACCACCCCUGAACAGCAACAUGCUCCCUCUCCUUCUCUCACUGAGACACCUCAGGAAAAACCUCCUCAUAAACAUAAGAUCUCACUCAAGGAAAUACAGCACCGGCCCCAGAGUGGUUUAAGAUCUAAAAAUGGACCUGUAAAUGGGAAUAACUCAACACAAGACCCCUCUCAGUCCCAACAUUCCAUCACAGAGAAGAUGGACGUUUUACAAGCAGGCAAAACACAACUACAUCUUAACACCAAAGACUACCAGGUGAGGCCCCCUGAGAGGUUUAGUGCUGAGGACUCAACUAUACGGCUGGAGAUUAAGUCCACCCCCAGGUACAUGACCCUGACGGCAGUUGCCACCGCUCCGCCGCCCCCCGUGGCUAUUGUCCCUCCAAUGGGUCCACAGCAAUCCCCAGAGCCCAUGGAGACAGAGAAUGCAGGCAAUGAGCUGCCAUUUAAGAUUUUGCAGGCCUGGUCCAUCAACGAACAACAGGCAGAAAACCUGUGGGAAAGAGCUAAAGAUGAUGCAAGUUCUCUAUCUGUCCUAAAUGAGACGGUUCAAGUUGAGAGUCUUAUGGAGUAUGAUAAGCCUGUAGAUGCAUCUGCAACAAGUUCAAUGGCAUCUACAGGAGAGGACACUGAUGAGGUCCUUCAAGUCAUCACACAGAUGGACAAGAGAUCACCUUCACCAUUUGUCCACACCAACCCUCAGGCAACUGAUAUUGUAUGCAUCGGUGGUGCCCAGACAAUCGUGGAAGGUAGCUCUAAUGUUGCAGAUGAGAGAACUCCUGAUUUGUCCACAAUUGCUGAAGUUCAGUUCAAGUUAUGUGCGCUGCAGAGACUGGUUACUUAUCUGGAGAGUGCGACAACAGUCACAGAGGCAAAGGAUGGUUGUCUAGAGGCCAUAUUGGAGUUGUAUUGGGGCGGGGAUACCUCUAACCUGGUAGAAGCUUUAAAAGGUGAAAGGGCUAAGAAAAUCAUGCAGGAUGUGUCUGCCUGGGCCGCAGAGGAUGAGAAAGCAGUGGUUUUCUUUGCAGUCAGUGGUAUAUCACUGGGGGAAGUGGUUGAGACAUUUCCCAUCCCAGUACAUGUUGACACCUCUUCCCAAGUGGGUUACAGGUCAUCAUGGUUAAAUGUCAACGAGAAGCUGAAUGACAUUGACAAAGAUUCUGGAAGAGCUUGGUCUCUGUGGUUCAUACCAGAUAAAGCAGAGGAGAGUUCCAAAGUGGUUGGGGGUGUCCAGAUAGAUGACACCUUCUACAGCAAGAUGGAGACUGUGGAAUUGCCUGCACGACAACCUGUUGUAGCAGAAGCAACAGACUCAGACCUCCCAACAAACACAGACCUCACGAUGGACGCAGACCCCCCAACAAACAAAGACCUCCCUACAAACGCAGACUCAAAGACGGAACCCCUUUCCCCAAUGAUUUUAACCGUCCUCACACCAGAGGAUGCUGUGAAACUGCUUGCUGAAACAGAGGCACCAGAGGCAGACCUCAAAACGGUCACAGACCUCACAACAGACUCGGACGACACAGAACCCCUUUCCCCAAUGAAUUUGACUGUCCUGACAUCUGAGGAUGCCAUGAGACUGUUUUGCCAGAUCGAGAAUGGUUCUGAUCUCCAACUCGCGUCCCCUGAAUCCUGCUCUGAAAACAAAGAUAAGACACAGACAAAGCAACUAGAGAAUAUAGAAAGUGGCAGCUUAGAUAAGUCCUGCUACUGUCCUUGUAUCAUUGAAACGGACAAUGGGUUUGAAAUGGGCCUAUGCUCCAGUUGUCAGAGAGAGAAAGGAUUGCAGCAGGGCACAAGAUGCAUAACAAUCGCUCACUGCUUUACCAUGUCAGAUACAAAUGAUCAGGAGACAAAGGUCCCUAAUGACUCUGUGGCGAAGGCGACUGUUGACAAUGAAUGCAGGGACAAGAAGCAGAUGCAUUCAACUGAAGAAGAGGGUGAUGACAAUCAAUCCUGUGACAAUAAGACACAGGGUGAAAUGCAGCAAUGUACAGGAGUCAUACCGAUCACUGACUUUUUUUUCUGGUCAGAUACAAGUGAGGAUUCAGAUCAGGAGACAGAGGAAAGCUAUAAUGAACAACAUGCUCAGAUUGAGGCUCAUGCUUCUAAUGUUAAAAGGACAGAGCCUGAAACGGAUGCCAAAGCACCAUGUGAGUCAUCCCAAGAAUGUACGACCCAAAGCAAAGUCAGUCCUGGUUCUGAGAAUAGGGAAAGAUGGCAAGAGAAGGACCAAGACUGUAGGACGAGUACAUUACCACUUCCCAAGGUUGAAAACCCGUCUAAGUUAAGAGCUAACAUCAUAGCAGACAACUGGUGUUCACCUAUAGCGGACUGUGGUUCACCUGUAGAAAAGUAUGACAAAGUUGCUUACUUUGUCACCCAAUACAAAACCUGCAAGUCAAAGAAAAAAGUACAACAAAAAAUGGAAAAGGAGAAGACCCUCCAUCCAACGUCAUCUGACAGACAAAAGGACAAGAAAAGCCAUGGGAGAGCAGAGAGGGGAAGGUCACCAUCCCAAACCGCUAAGUACUCUGGGUUGAAGGCAACUGUGGAUAAUCAAUGCAGGGACAUGAAGCCACAUGCGUCACACAAGAGGAGACAUUCAACUGAGAGUGAUGAAACUCGAUGUAAAGACAAGAAGAGGGGUUCAUCAACUGCGAAAGAGUGUGAAGGCUGUCAAUCCAGAGACAAGAAGCCACCGAAGAGGAGACAUUCAACUGAGAAAGAGAGAGAGGACAAUCAAAGUAGGGACAGGAUGUCACAGAAGAGGAGAAAUUCAACUGAAACUGAAGGCAGGAACUCUGACUCCAAAGAGUUACAGUGCCAGUUGGUGGACAGAGAGAGGGGCAGUGGAAACUCACUCCCGUGCCCUGGGGUGAAAACCCUCCAUGUACAGGGAUCCUCAACUACCACCGUUCCUCUCAAACUCUUCAUAAACAUCCCCAAAUAGCCUUCCAUAAUCGCCUCACCCUCAAAACAUCAUGAAGUCCCCAUUGUGCCAAAGACUAAAGCCCAGAACAAAAUUAGCAGACACCGUUCCCCUGCAAAGUCAGUGUCUUCUGUUGUCAAAGAGCGGCAGAGGAACGGCAUCAAACACAAGCAAAAAAUUCAAUGCCAAAAAGUCAGAUUGAAAAAGCUGUACUUACCCAAACAUCUUGUCAGGAAAGGUUCUCCACCAAGCCGGAAGAGAGAGGAAGAUUCUCCACCAAGCCGGAAGAGAGUGGAAGGUUCCCCACCAAGCCAGAGGAGAGAGGAAGGUUCUCCACCAAAGCAGAAGAAGGUGGCGGAUAGAGGAGAGCCUGGGGGUUUAGGGAUUAUGGUCUCUAAGAACUCUGACUCGUCCAAGAAACUAAAACCUAAGGCAGAGAGUGACUUGACAUCCCAACAGAAGUUGCCAAAGAUUCCAAAGGUGUUGAAAAAGAAUGAGAAAGGAAAGUUGUCAAAAAGUGAGUGUGAGUACGACUCGCUGCACCCCAAGCCAAAGCUGCCAAGGAUUCCGAAGCUUCCGAGGACUCCAGAGGUUUCAAAGGAUUGGCAUGAGAGAGAGGACAGGAAAGAGACAUCUCCCAGUGCUUCACCUGAAUCACAAACGCUGGACAAACCUGCAAGAGUGGCACACAAGCCCAAACCUUUUAUCAAGCCUGCCAGGCCCAAUGGUUACAGCCCAGGUUGUCAUGCUUGCCAUAAUCCGGCCAGGAUAUCACCGCAACAUGGCAAGCGACCUUUUGGGGCAAAAGUCUCUGCAAGGCAGCAGGUGUUCUCAGAUUGGGAGAGCAGCUUUGUCCCGACUCCAACCCCCCAGACUCGCAGGCGAUCAGGGUGUCCUCCAGAGGAAGUGGAAGGUCAACAGGCCAGUCCCCGUUCCAGCUCGGAGACCAGGAUCAUCCGACCCAUUCUAAAACGCGUCGAUGCUCCACCAAAACCCAAGCGGAACAUCUUUCCUUUGAAUCCGAGGAACGUGCACUACUUCAAGCCCUGUGAAUAUGAAAAUUACGUCAUGUUCAACAGGUCUUACACAGAUCCAGAAGAUGCACAGCGUUCUGAUCAUGAAGAGGAAGAUGUUCCUGUGAACUGCCAGAACACAAAGGAACAGCCCCCCGUUAUGGAAGAGAAGCGGCAAGAUAUAGGGGAGCUGAAGCCUAGACCACGCAGUUUAUGUGAAAAUCGCUUCAAAAGGAAGUGGGAAAUGGCCUGCUGCCAUUUUGAUGAAGGAGAGCAUUGUUCAGGCAAAGCAUUGGACGAAGUCUCUCCAUCGUGAUCCUCCAAAAUAAUUCAGACACUCAGCAAAAAAACUGGAGUUGGUUACAACAAGUCAGAGAAGCAGAAGAGGCCAAAUGAAAUUGAAGGUUCCUCUCAGAAUGCAAGUCCCCUUCACGGUAACCAUCCAACUGACUCUCUGAAUGCAAGUCCCCUUCACGGUAACCAUCCAACUGACUCUCUGAAUGCAAGUCCCCUUCACGGUAACCAUCCAACUGACUCUCUGAAUGCAAGUCCCCUUCACGGUAACCAUCCAACUGACUCUCUGAAUGCAAGUCCCCUUCACGGUAACCAUCCAACUGACUCUCUGAAUGCAAGUCCCCUUCACGGUAACCAUCCAACUGACUCUCUGAAUGCAAGUCCCCUUCACGGUAACCAUCCAACUGACUCUCUGAAUGCAAGUCCCCUUCACGGUAACCAUCCAACUGACUCUCUGAAUGCAAGUCCCCUUCACGGUAACCAUCCAACUGACUCUCUGAAUGCAAGUCCCCUUCACGGUAACCAUCCAACUGACUCUGAAUGCAAGUCCCCUUCACGGUAACCAUCCAACUGACUCUCUGAAUGCAAGUCCCCUUCACGGUAACCAUCCAACUGACUCUCUGAAUGCAAGUCCCCUUCACGGUAACCAUCCAACUGACUCUCUGAAUGCAAGUCCCCUUCACGGUAACCAUCCAACUGACUCUCUGAAUGCAAGUCCCCUUCACGGUAACCAUCCAACUGACUCUCUGAAUGCAAGCCCCCUUCACGGUAACUAUUCAGGUUCCUCUCAGAAUGUAAGCCCCCCUCGUGGUCACCAUUCAUCCUCCAGCCAGGGGAGAAGAGUUGAGCCAGCGGCCAGGCACCAUGGCUUUCCCGUGGAUGAAAUGAACGAGCGUUGGUCAGGAGACAGAUGCGAUUCGUAAGCCAAUCAGUCGGCCAUGACAGGAUACAGUAGUUGAUGCAACCUGCAAAGACAAUGACAUCGUGCCUAUGCUGUUUUUUAAAACUUAAACACUACAGACAGUGCCUAUAUUUAGGCUACAUUAUGCAGUUUACUUUUCUACAUGUUUUUAAAUUAAUAAAUGUCUUAUUUCUCCCCCAAUAAUAGGCUCGGUUAUCUGCAGUUGAAACAGUCAGAAGUGUAUAUUAUAUAUUAUGUACAUUGUUACUCUUGACACCUAACAUGCUGACCAAACCGCCCGCUUGCGUGGGUACGCCAUCCUGUGCAAGUUGAUUUUGUUCACCCACACCUGAUGCGAUCAGGACACGCAGGUUGCAAUAUCAAAACAAACUCUGAUUAGAUUAAUUUGUGGACGGUCAAAAAGCAUUAAAUAUUUAUGGCAAUUUAGAUAGCUAGCUUGCUUUUGCUAGCUAAUUUGUCCUGGUAUAUAAACAUUGGGUUGUUACUUUACCUGAAAUGAACAGUUCUUCUACUCUGACAAUUAAUCCACAGAUAAAACGGUAAACCGAAUUCGUUUCUCGUCAUCUCUCCUUCAGGCUUCUUUUUCUUUGGACUUUAUAUGGUGGUUGGCAACCAACUUUACAGCAUCACUAUAACCAACCAGAGUGUGGAUAUAAGUUAAUCUUUCAAUCACCCAGGUGGGUAUAUGCUCUUAAAAACCAAUGAGGAGAUGGGUGAGGCCGGACUUGCAGCACGUUGAGUGUCGCAAAUAGAACCAAUUUUCGCGCUCGCUGACGCACAAUGAUUGAAUAACAUGUAUGUUUACAUUUAUUUUGCAACGCUUGCGCAUGCAAAGCAAGCGGUGUGGUCAGCAUGUGAUUGGGUGAUUGGUGUUUGGUUAUUCGUAUUCCUAUAGUAUUAUUUGCCUGCAUUGUUAGGGCAUCAUCCUAAUGAUGGUAUUGGAAAUGGUAUUUUGUUUGUUUACAGCCAGAACCAAAGCUAAAGGGGAGAAACCAGACGAGUUUCUGUUGUCCCAUACACAAAACAUGUCAAUUGUAACAGGUGUUUUUUAACACUGGUGAUAAAUGUAUCAUAGAUGUCUGACAUCAAAUGAUAUUUGAAAGCCGUUGUCAUUUGUUUGAUGUAGUUCCUUGCACUGGGUUUAUAGUUAUCUGUGGCUAUAGAUGAUGUUUGUAGUUAAAUUCAACUGAUGCUGCUAAUGUUUCGGGUAUUGAGGAAUGUAUGUAGUUAACAGGUCACUGGUUUUAAACUAGUAUUAAAUUUGUCAAUCCCAUGUUUUGUAUUUAAUUUGUCCGUUUUGAUGCUGUAUUAUUUUGUUUUAUACACUGCUCAAAAAAAUAAAGGGAACACUUAAACAACA